AUGGACGGCAGCACCUUGCCCGCAGUGGCAGAAGAGCUCCUGAGAGAGAUCAGAAAGGCUUUUCAGGAGACCUCGCAGGUCCCUGACGACCUGCUGCUGGGGCUGAAGUUCAUUUUUGGCCCAUCUGCAGUGCCAGCUCUGGAUUUGGUGGACCAGCGUUCUGUCACCCGGCUCAGGUCCCCCAGUGGAAGGAUUCUCUACCAGGUCCUUGGCAGCUCAGGCAAACUCUACACCUGCUACAGCUCCUGCCACUUCUGCACCUGCCCUGCCUUUGGCUUUUCUGUGCUGCAGAAGAGUGAGAGCCUUCUGUGCAAACACAUCCUGGCUGUGUACCUCAGCCAGGCCUUGGGAGCCUGCCAGGAGCUGCCUGUGUCUGAGGAGCAGCUCACAAACAUCCUCCUGGCUGAGGAAGAGGAUGAAGGAUGAAGGAGGAAGAAUUUGGAUCACUCCUGGAUGUGUAACUGACAUUUUCAAUAUCUGUAAGGCUGUCAAAUGCUCAUUGAGGCUGGCAGAUUUCUUCCUGUGCUGCAGCCAAGUGUGACAUUAAUUAGCAGCCUGGCACUGAUAAAUUAAUUAAUUAGGCCUGUGUUGACUUCAGUUUUAUUUAUUUAUGCUGUUUUUGGGAUUUCUGAAGAUGUUUGAGCUAAUCUGUAAUGAUUGUGAUGUGAGGAUGCAAACAGUCCUGCAGGUCUCAGUGGUGCACAGAUUAAAGAGCUGCUGUGGCUCUUUGCAGGUGGCAGCUCAGAGCAAUUUCUGAUUUUUCAGUGGCAAACCUGGUCCAGGGGGACCCCUCAACACCCUGAAACUCUGUGCCUCCACUGGAACAGGAUCUUUGGAAGCAUCAAUGUGGUUGCUGUGCUUUAAAUCAAACAUUUUCAGACACACUGAGCAGCUCAAGGCUGCUGCCCUGGGAGCCAGCUGGGAUUCCCUGUCCAUGCUCUGUGCUCCCUGAGGGCAGUGUGGCCUCUCCUGCUGCAUCAGCCACCAGAAACAAUGGGGCACAGGCUGAGCCAGGUGCUGUGGGUGGUAAAUGAAGCAUUUUGGAUGAAAAUAACAGUUCCUGCAAAUACAGAAUCUCAGCAAUAUGAGAACACUUCAUCCAUGUACAGCAGAGCAGGGACAGCUCAAUGGCCACAGCUGCACUGGCUACAAAAGUUCCUCUGCUGUUUUUCCUUCACAUUUUUAUGAGAAAUGAGCUUUUUAUUGAGGAGGGCAAGGGAGGUGUCCUAUUUUUAUUUUGCCUGGAAACAUGUUUGGCUCAGAUCCACAAAGGCACUUCCUGUGCCCAGGG